AUGAGAGUGUUGGCGUGGUGGAGGGUGUUGGCUGUGGUGGCGGUGCUGGCGGGGACGUGCUCGGGGAAGGUCUUCACUAAAUGCGGUUUGGCAUCACUCUUGGAGAAAACGUAUGGCCUCAACCGAGACGUUGUUAAGAGAUUCGUGUGCAUUGCUCAGUACGAGUCUGGCUUCAACACCAAGGCUCUUAACGUCAACAGCAACGGCAGUAAGGACUACGGCAUCUUCCAGCUCAACAACCAGUACUGGUGCUUGGACAGCAGGGGCGGCAAGAAUGUCUGCAAGAUGGCGUGCUCAAAUCUACUGAACGACAACCUGUCAGAUGACGUGAGAUGUGCACGGACCAUCGUCAGGGAAACAGAGAGUUGGAAGGGCAAGGGGACCGGAUUCACGGCUUGGGCGGCCUACGUGACUCACUGUCAGAACCGCAACUUGGACGUGUACAUGUCCGAGUGUUGGCGUAGUGGUUGACAGAGAACGAGGCCGCGGAGGUGGUGGGGGUGACUCGCCUAUAAUUGACCUUCUGACUUCACCGACACGCUUCUGUUACUGAAAUGCUUCACGGCCAUAUAUGUUUUAUAAAAUGUUUUCGUUUUACCUUACUGACAUGUUUCCUUAAAUUUAAAUGUCACCUAAUGUGAACAAUAGUUAUAUUGUUGAGGCUACUCUUAUUUCUCAAAUAUUAGACUACAAUAAUAAAUAAUUAUAAAAAUGGCUGAAUGCUUCAGGAAUGACAACUCUGCAGAUAAAAUGCGACAUGUCUGAGCUUGAAAUAUUUAAGAUUAUAAACAAGCUAAGUAACCUAGACACUGGUUAUUUUGCAACAUUAAAAUAAAUAUGGACUUAUUUUAAUGGAACGUUAAGUAAUGUUUAAUGUAGUAAUGUAAUGUUUUGUAACCUAAAUAUCGGUUUACCUAACCGAUAUUUAGGUUAGGUAAACAUCUUUCUCAAGAGGCCAAAUAUGACACCCAAUUUGAGGCAAUAAUAUCAAGCUUGCACUCCCACAACGCAUAAUAAAGAACACCAGAUAUUUUUUCAAUCACAAGUUUACCUCUCAAUACCAUUGGGGUUGGCAACUCUGAAAGUAUUUCCUCCGUGUGUAAAAGAUAUAUGCUGUUUUCCCCAUUAUUUGUUCAACGUAAAAUCGAUUUCAGCAUAUAAAAGUACAUUCAAUAUAGACUUAAAUGUAAUCACAAUGAUAUAUCUUACACGGUUGGUAGAGUGCACAGCAAUGUCGCUUCAGCUGUCUUUAAUGAAAGAUUUGUUAGGAAUUUUCAUUAAUCUGUAGAAACAUAUGUUAAAUAAUUUUAUUGUAUGACAUUUUU